AUGGCUAUAGCUUCAAGGUUUCUGAGGAACUUGCCUAGGUCUAUCAAGCUUUCUCCAUCCCAUCUCCGUAGCAAUGGCGCAAGGGCUUUAAGCUGUUUGGUUCAGAGAACCACCGAGCCGUUGAAUUCAUUCUGGCGAAUAGGAUCUCGAAUCCCCCAUGAUUUUGUUACUACGAGAAGCUUCUCUUCUCAAGGUCCUGCUCCGAGCGAUUAUAGUUCGGUUUUGCAGGAGGAUGAGUUUCACAGAUUAGCCAAUUUCACUAUAAAUGACCUUCUUGAGAAAAUUGAGGAUUAUGGUGAUAAUGUCCAGAUUGAUGGUUUCGACAUAGAUUAUGGGAAUGAAGUUCUCACCCUUAAGCUUGGAUCAUUAGGCACUUAUGUAAUCAAUAAGCAGACUCCAAAUCGACAAAUCUGGAUGUCUUCCCCCGUGAGUGGCCCUUCUAGAUUCGACUGGGACCAGGAUGCUAAUGCUUGGAUUUACCGGCGAACAGAAGCAAAGUUGCAUAAACUCUUAGAAGAAGAGUUAGAGAAUCUCUGUGGCGAACCGAUUCAACUCUCAUAA